UACAAGGAUCCUACAUUCAAAUUCACCUCCAAAAAUUUCAACUCAACCCGUCACAUGUAUGAAUCUGAAGCCAGCAAACCAAGCUUAGUAGAAGAAACCGAGAACCUUGCCACCAACAUUCUUCCUUCUUGCCUCUUCGUGGUCCAUAAUGCCAGCAGAAGUUGUCAGCACAAUGAAUCCGAACUGCCAAAACCAGAUCAAGCCAGGCAUAUGAAUUCUAUCCCAAAAAGGAACAAGGAGAAACCAUCUCACAGGGCAUGGGACUUACUAUCUCAUACCCAAACCAGCAAGAGAAUCAUGCACAUU